AUGGAUGACAAACGCAAGCAUCACAAAAAGAAAAAGGUAGGGAAGAAGGCCAAGAGGAAAAAAAUAAGCAAGGGAGCAAACCGUGGCGCAAAAAAUAGCGAAGCGAAGAAGAAGUACCAUAAGGCCUUCGCCUUCAGUGGAGGUAUCCGAAGUGCUCAUCGAAGAAAGCAGCACCAAUUCGAGUUAGAGGAAAAAAAGCUAAGAGUUCCAAAGCAUUUUAAAGAGUGCUCCAAGAAUACCCCUAUCAUAGUUGCUAUACAAGGUCCCAAAGGAGUGGGUAAAACAACUCUUUUGAAAAGUCUCAUUAAGCACUACGUUGGAGUCUCCAUCAAUGAAGUCAAAGGACCUAUAUCGAUAAUUACCAAAGCAUUAAAGAGGUACACCUUCGUAGAGGUCAACGAUGACAUACUCAACAUGAUUGAUGUUGCAAAGAUUGCCGAUCUAUGUCUGCUCGUCAUCGAUGGGAGCUACGGACUUGAAUUGGAGACACUUGAAUUUGUGAGCAUUUUAAACACUCAUGGAUUACCCAAAGUCAUAGGAGUAGUUACUCACAUGGAUAAAUUUAAGGACAGCAAAAGCAUUCGAAAGAGAAAAAAAAAAUUGAGUAAAAGAUUUACGGAAGAGAUGGUUGAGGGUGCAAAAAUAUUUUUCUUUAGUGGAAUUCAAAAUGGAAAAUACAACAAAACGGAAGUUCGAAAUUUCUGUAAAUUCGUUUCGUCGAUUAAGAGGCCACAGAUCUCGUGGAGGGAGCAACAUGGCUACAUUUUGGGGCUGCGGUUAGAUGUAGAUGAGGCUGCAACGGGGGAGGAAUCCAUCAUGAGAGUGCCCGCAAAAGGAAAGGACCAUCUCCAACUGUGCAAGGAGGCUGCAGCGGAGGAGGACAAGCGAAUUGACUACUUUCUCUCCAAGUGCGAUGAAAAAGUUUGCGUCCACGUGGAAGGGUUCGUUUAUGGAUCCAAAAUUUUCAACAAUCAAGUGAUACAUAUCCCUAACAUCGGGGACGUCCAAAUUAGAGACAUACAAAUCCUACAGGAUCCUUUCCUUACAGAUGAACAGAAGAAGAAUGCAAACGUGUAUGCUCCCAUGGCAGACGUUGGAAAUGUGGCAUUCGAUUUUGAUAAUAUGUAUAUACACAUCCCUAAGAGUAAGGUGAAUUUCACGCCGGGGGAGUCUCUCCUUGGGAACGGCGGUGAAGGGAGUGGCGGUGAAGGGAGCGGCGGAGAAGGGAGUGGCGGAGAAGGGAGUAGCGGAGAAGGGAGCGGCGGAGAAGGGAGUGUUGGAGAAAGCCGCGAAGAGAGCGGCGGUGGGGGGGGUGAUCCCUCUGCCAAGCGAGACGACCAGCGGUACAUGACGGAGGGCAUACGCAUGAUUCGGGCGCUACAGACGUCCAAGUACGCGCUGUGCAGGAAGGCGGGCGCGGACGAAGAGCCGCUACUGUUCGACGGCCAGGAGGAGAACCAGCGGCGGAAGGCCCCCUCCAACGUGUUCGUGAGCGAGCGGCAAAAGAAGAAGAAGCAGGCGGAGAAGUACGUCAAUGAGAAGGCCAAGGAGUACACGGAGCUGGAGCCGAUUUUGUUCGGAAAGAGGGACGCGGAGGACGACUACCACUACGCGGACGGGGUGACCGUUUCGGCCAGCGGGGAGGGGGAGGAGGAUCAGGGAGAUGACCAAGAGGAGGAAGAAGAGGAGGACGAAGAGGAGGACGAAGAGGAGGAAGAAGGAGAUGAAGAAGAGGAUGACGAGGAGGACGAAGAGGACGAAGAGGACGAAGAGCAGGAUGACGAAGGAGAUGACGAAGAGGACGAAGAGGACGAAGAUGCCGAUGCCGAUGGGGAGGACGAAGAGGAGGACCUCGCCCAGAACUCCGCUCACUUGGCCAACUUGGCCAACCGCGGGGAGCACCAUCUGGCGCAGGAGCUGGCCUUCGACAACAAAGCGAGCCUGGACGCGUUCAUUUAUGACGUGCGCUACAUCCACAGGAGGAACAACCACCUGUACUUCAAAGGGGACAUCCUGGUGGUGAUGCGGCGGGAGAAGGAGGUACACGGGGAACAAGACCUCCAUAGCCUCCUGAGCACGGAAACGGUGAGGGAAGAAAAGACACAGCGACUGUACAGCUACAUGCACGGAGAGAACUACUUCCUAGACGAGGUGGACUCCUUCAAGUGUACGAGAGACGAGGUGUUCAUAUUCAACAAUCUGAGCAUCUCCCUGGGAGACGUCGCGGACGAGGCCCUGUCGACGCAGUUCUUCUCGAGGUAUAGGAGCCUCUACGAGGGGUGUUUUGGGCCGACGGACGAAGCGGGGAGCGGCGAAGAGGUGGGCACACUCAGUGAGGGGGGGGGAAACGAGCAGGGGGGUGACUUCUCACCUGGGCAGGGUGACUUCUCUUAUGGGCUGGGUGACAACGCGGAUGAGAGGGACAGCGCGACGGUGGGCGAGGCGGACGGGAAGGCCUCCCUGAAGAAGGCAAAGGCAGAAAGGGAACAACAGAAGGAAAGGUACCAAGAGACGGAAGGCAUCGGGGUGUUAAGCAGCAACACAUACGGAUCCUCAGUCAACAUAGGAGAGUACAUAAAAAUGGUUUUCAAAAUAGAGAGGAAAAAAUUAGCAGUGAUGAAAAAGGGGAUUAUAAUUUGUGGAGGUUUACAGACAUACGAAGAAAAAGAAUCCAUGAUUCACUGCCGAGUAAAGAAGCAUCGGUGGUUCCCAAAGGUGUUAAGAUCAAACGAUCCACUUAUCAUCUCGAUAGGUUGGAGGAGGUACCAGAGUAUCCCCAUUUAUUCAAUCAAUGAGAGAAAUAACGUCAGAAUCAGAUUUUUAAAAUAUACAACAGAACACAUGCAUUGUAACUGUACCUUUUAUGGACCAGUGGCAGGUGCCAACAAUGGAAUUUUAGCUAUCUGUAAUUAUAAAAAGGUACCAUACUACCGCAUCUGCCUAAAUGGAAUCACAUUGGAGACAAACACUAAUGUAAAAAUUAUGAAAAAACUGAAACUUAUUGGAGAACCAUACAAAAUAUUUAAAAAUACAGCAUUUGUAAAAAAUAUGUUCAAUUCAGAUUUGGAGGUGAGUAAAUUUAUUAACUGUCCUGUGGUGACUCCAAGUGGAAUUAAAGGACUCAUAAAAAGUAAGCUAUCUGAUAAUGGGAACUUCAGAUGUACCUUUGCAGAUAAAGUGCGUAUAAGCGAUAUAGUGAUACUAAAACUAUACGUGAAUGUUAAAAUAAAAAAAUUUUUUACUUACGAUGUGGAAAAUAAACUAAGGUCCAUAAAUGAGUUAAGGUAUAUAUACAACUUGUAUGUUAACCACAAAAGCAACUACAGGAGUGUCCCCUUUCGUCAUUUUUAUCAUUCGAAGAUACACAUUAAUCCGAAGUUGAUAAAAGAACUUCCAUACAGAUCGAAGCCAAAAUUAUUUAGCAAAAUGAGCAAUGAGGAAGAGUUAAAGAAACAGAAAGAGAGCAAAGAGGAUCAUAUUAACUUCCGUGCAUUGGAGAACCCCAGGUUAGCUUCUCGAUGGUACCAAAUGCUGCAUACUAUUAAAAAGAACAUCUUGGAGAAGAAAAAGGAGAAGGCAAAGGUUUCCUACCAUAACAAGCUAAAGAAGGCUCUCAUGGUGGAGGAGGCUAAGCAGAGGGUCGUCAAGCAGCGGAAGAAGAUGUCCUACCGCAAGGGGAAGGACAGGGCCGUGGAAAGCUAA